AUGACGGCUCCCCAGAAGACCCCACUUCGACAUCUGACGGGAAAAGAACAAACGAUGAUCAGAGACCUACGUGAGAACAACAGCAUCAUAAUCAAGCCGUCCGACAAGAGCAAGGGGUUUGUUGUCAUGGCCAAAACACACUACAUGUCCAAAAUUGACCAAAUGCUCAGCAGCGAGGUCAACUACGAGAGGUCCGACAUUACCGUGAACGAACUGGACAAGACAUCUGCUGGGAUAGCAGAGGACAUUACUACCGGAAAAAUCCCACCACCACUCACUCGUGCACUGAAGCCACACAACUCGCGAAUGUCCACCUUCUAUGGACUCCCCAAAGACCACAAGCCUGGCCUCCCACUCCGCCCCGUGGUAUCGACAUGCGGUAGCCCGACCAGCAGUAUUUCACUUCUGCUUGAGCGCAUUCUUACGCAAUUGCUUCCAUUCGUGCCUGCACAUUUAUCGAGUACUGAAGAUUGUAUGACGGCGUUGCGCAAUCUCGAAAACCUCCCAGAGGAAUGUAUUGUGGCGUCUCUGGACGUUGUGUCAUUGUACUCGAAUAUUCCUAUUCAAGAAAGCAUCGAUGCGGCCAUAGAGUUAUUGGAAGAGCAUGAGGAAUCAGUUGAUAUGUUUGCACUGUCAUUAUCAGACAUACGCGAAAUGCUCAUGUUUGUCCUAGAGUCAAAUUUCUUUGAGUUUGACGGCGACAUCUAUCGACAACAGCAGGGUCUAGCUAUGGGCAACCACCUCGCGCCCCCAUUGGCUAUUAUCUUUAUGUCGAAAUUCGAGUCACGUGCCCUGUCUGAGUAUCCCCUGAAACCGCUCUUAUAUCGUCGGUAUAUUGAUGAUUGCAUACUCGUUUGGAUCUUUGGUAUUGCGGCAUUUCUGGCAUUUGUGGAUUAUCUCAAUUCCCGCCACCCACGCAUACAAUUCACCGCAGAAUAUACACACACGACCAACUCUCACACCAUCAGUUACUUGGACCUGUCAAUCUCGGUGUCAGGUGGCAAGUUGGACUGGGAGUUAUUUGUCCAGUCGUCCCAUAGUGGUGUACAUUUGUCAUAUUUGUCUGCUUUGCCAAUGGAAACAAAAAUCGCUGUCGCCAACAACCAGAUCAGCAGGGCAGUCAACAACGCAACAACGGAGGCAGGACGACAACGGGGGAUUGAAAAGAUCACCACACUCCUCCUUGAGAACCACUACCCACGGCGCAUUAUACAAUCAGCCAUACAACACUCCGACACCGCACGGACAACCGCACGCAUCCGAGAGCAGCCCCACCAGCAGACACCACAUCGGAAGGGGAAACGACAGUACACGUCACUUGUCAAGGUACCGUACGUAAAUGACCAGCUUGCAAGGAGGGUUCGUCAAGUGGUCAGGUCGUUUGAUAGAGAUGUGCGUGUGGUCUUUACGUCCGGUCGCUCACUAAAGGAUAUGUUGGUCUCGUCGUCAUUCAGCAAGCCACAAUGCCCCAGGACGGUACAGCGGCAGAGGGAGAAGAGGGGGCGGGGUCGGCCGGCUGAAUGUCGUGCAUGCGAUGGUGGUCUGAAGCGUAAUGUUUGUAUGUCCCAGGGCCAAGAUGUGGUGUACUCUAUGAAAUGUACCAUCUGUCAAGAAGAAUACGUCGGGGAAACAGAAAGGACAGCACGCAAGAGGACUGAGGAGCACUACAGACAAGCCAAGAACGCGACAUUGGGAAAGCCAUGGGGAGACCAUUAUCGACAAAAGCAGCACACCUUCCCAUCGUCACCGGAGUUCUCGCCAUUUUCCCAUCUACAAGUUCUCGCCAGCAAGCAACGGUCUUACGUUGACCGCAGAAUCAUGGAGGCACUAUUCAUGAGGAAGAGGAAGCCGGCAGUGAACAGUGACAAUGGUUGGCGACUGUUGGGUGAUGUGUAA